GAAUUAAGUUGGUUUUUGUUUUAUAGUCCACGCAGAUGUUCAUGUUUUCUUGGUUUCAGGUUAGAAAAUGCCCUCGAAAUGCCAAUUUUGGCUGUUUAUUCUGGAUUUCUGUAUUUAAUUAUUGCUCUUCGGGUACUUAUUAAGACGCCAUGUGAAAUUCUUUUUUAAUUUCGCUAGAAAUUUAAAUAAAUAUGUUUUAUACCAGUGCUGGACAAUGCAUCUUUGAAAUCAUUAUCAUUACGAAAUCAAAUGUGCAAGCUGUGAAAACUAAUAUUUACUAGUGUUUAGAUUUAGAGUCCACUCGUUUAUUGGCGCAAAGUUGAACUGGUAUUUCAAGUUUAUUCCUGUUUGGUGAUUAUUUCUCUCGAUCUUAAAUUGAAGUACAAAAAUUGAAUAAAUCGUGCGAUUAAUUGUUCAUAACACUUUGUUUGCUGUGCCUCGCUAUGGCCAAAUACGUUCAGCAUGACGAGGACAAUUCAGAUGCAGUUGAUAGCACUGACUCCUCAAUUUUGGACCCUGACAUGAAAACGGAAUCUCCAUUUGACACAACAGAAGCGGACUCUGAGAUUCUUCUCACUCCGAGCGUCUCAGACGAGCGAACAGGUCUGUUCAAAGGGACGAAAAGCUACAAGAGAAGAUGGUACAUUUUAGCGUUGUGGUGUGCAGUCGGCUUCGCGAACUUCGAAAUUUGGAACACCUGGGGUCCAAUUCAGAACACGGCCAAGUACACUUUCAACUGGAAAACGAGCCAAAUUUCUCUUCUGGUCAAUCUAGGACUCUUCACACUUAUUUUGUUUCCGCCCGUCUUUGUGCUAAUCAUAGACAGGUACGGACUGCGUGUGGCGCAACUGAUAACAGCCGGAAGCAUAGCGGCCGGUGCAUCCAUAAGGCUGAUUAUUCCAGACAACUCGAUAGGUAUCUGUAUCAUCCAGGACCUGGGGGAGUUCCUCAACGGGAUCGGAGGAGUGCUCCCCAUGGCCGCAUCGACGAUGCUAUCUCUCAAAUGGUUCCCUGAAGGAGAAAGAAGAACAGCUACUGCAUUUUCUACUGGGACCCAACAGAUAGGACUAGCUCUUUCAUUCCUCAUUGGACCCCUGCUAGUGGAUGACUUGAAGCCCGUAGAUAUGGCAAACUCAAGCACAGAUCCUAACGAUACUUCGACAGUAGAACCAGGACCAACUAAGGAGGAAAUGCAGGGUCAAAUCUGGCACUACAUUUUGUAUCAGUCAAUAUACGCAGUUGUGCUGUUCGUGCUAGUCGUUGUGUACUUUCCCCGAUCGCCUCCCAAACCACCCUCGGAAGUUUCGUUCAGCAAACGAGAAGACUUGUUGCCGAGUGUGGGGAAGAUAGUGAAAAAGCCUAAAUUCUGGUGUUUAGCGUUUGUGUAUGGUCUUUUCAGUGGGGUUUUUAACUCAUAUCUGUCUAUUUUGGACGUGGACUUGCAACCCAAAGGGUUCAGUCAAGUUCUAGCAGGCUGGAUUGGUUCCACAACGACGUUGGCAGGUGCAAUCGGAGGCGUUAUUUUCGCCAACUUAGCCGAUAGACUAAGAAGACAUAACCCAGUUAAGAAACUGUUGCUGAUGCUGUUAUGUGUCGGCUUUGGCUCAUUCCUACUUUUUGUGCUAUCAGUGAAAGCAUUUAGUCUUUCUCUCGCAGCUAACAAAGCUGUAGUAUUUGUAACUGUGGUAGUUACAGGUAUAUGUUCCGCAAGUAGUGUGCCAUUAGUGUUCGAAAUGGGAUCAGACAUUUUGUUUCCGAUAUCAGAGGAACUGAUCGGGUCAAUGCUGGUGCUGGUUCAGAAUGUUUUCGGAAGUCUCAUCUUAGCUGCCAUGUCCAUACCUCAACUAGGAGAUGCGUGGCUAGACUACGCAGUGCUAUCUGGAGUCCUCCUCGCCAUUCCACUGGUGUUAGUUGUAGACGACACGAACGAGAGAGGGAAGAUGAGCGAAACAGUUCGCAGACAGUCGGGGCGAUCCAUAGUUAACUCAAGAGGAGGAACUAGAAACGACUAUUCUGACAACGACACAUCAGACGACAAUCUAAUUAUUAUGUCUCAUUGAAAUAGCGCUGCAAAUUAUGUGAUGUAAUGUAGUUGAAAUUAGAAUUGCUAAUUAUACACUUUCGACCUUCA